AUGUCUGGCGCUCCUGAUCUCUCGGCGCUGAAGUCCAACCCCAAGUUCGUCUUCUUCACCGAUUUCGACGGCACCAUCACCCUUCAGGACAGCAAUGACUUCAUGACGGACACGAUCGGCUUCGGCCAGCCGCUCAGACGCCAGGGCAACAUGGACACGCUCAACGGCGUCAAGACGUUCCGCGACUCGUUCAAGGAGAUGAUGGACAGCAUCAACAAGCCGUACGAUCAGUGCAUCAAGUACCUGGUUGAGAACAUCAAGCUGGAUCCCGGCUUCAACGAGUUCUUCAAGUGGUCGCUGGAGAACAACGUGCCCAUCGUCGUGCUCUCGUCGGGCAUGCAGCCCAUCAUCAAGGCGCUGCUCGAGCACCUGGUCGGCCCGGAGUUCGUCAAGAUGCAGGUCGUGGCCAACGACGUGAGGCCGCGCGCUGGCAAGAGCAGCAUCAACGAGGAGGGUGGUUGGGAGAUUGUCUUCCACGACGACAGCGGAUUCGGCCACGACAAGUCGCUUACGCUCCGCCCCUACGCACAGCUGCCCGAGGGCCAGCGUCCGACCAUGUUCUACGCGGGCGACGGCGUCAGUGACCUCUCGGCAGCGAGGGAGACUGAUUUGCUGUUCGCCAAAAAGGGUCACGACCUGAUCCAAUACUGCGUGCGCGAGGAUAUCCCCUUCACCGUAUUCGGCGACUGGAAGGACAUCCUGGCCAAGGUCAAGGAGAUAGUUGAGGGCAAGACCUCCGUCCAGCAGGCGGCGAAGGAGGGUUACGAGCAGUACAAGAGCGGGCAGGCGGGUGUCAACGGACACGCCAAGUAG